AUGGAUUCCAACUCUACCCCUCAAGAAGGCGCAGCCCCGCAACGGAGGAAUAGAGCUCCUACAAUCACCAUAGAUCCGUCUGCCGUUGGUGUCGUGCCAACCCCAGCUUCAGAUAUGGCCGACAAUGCUCAGAAAGAGGUGUCCAACUCACCCGUUUCCCCCAUGGAUGAUGCAGUUAGCCCGACCACCGUUCCCGAAGGCGCAAAUGCACCAUGGGCAGCGCCACAAGAAAAGCCCACAAAACCAAAGUUGCGCGCCGACACAUCUUUUGAGGGCAAGGACAGCAGACCACAAAGCCCCCACAAUGUAUCAAGUCCCGUCGCGACAUUGAGAGGGAAUGAUCGCGCUUUCUUAGCCGUACCUAGCAACCUGCGGUCAAGACAGAACUCUAUCGACUCUAACGACGACAUCUCUUCUCAGGGCGAGACUAUCGCCGUGUUGAGCCAGUCAACAGAAAAGACACUAAAGAACAGCCCAGUAUCGAACGACUCGAUUAUUAAGGAUGAGAACGCCUUGACCCCGGAUAAGGGUAGCGAAGGAGAUUUUAAAGCCGAAAACAACCCCUUCGCCUUCACCCCAGGACAGCUGAACAAGUUGUUUAACCCCAAAAGUCUUUCGGCCUACUAUGCUCUGGGAGGUCUGACUGGUAUCGAGAAGGGUCUUCGCAGCGACCGCAAGUCUGGUUUGAGCUUGGACGAAGUGCAUCUCGACGGCUAUGUUUCUUUCAGCGACGCAACCGGGCAUCUCAGUUCAUCCGGGGAUUUCAAAGAGAGCCAAGCGGACUCGACACCUGUGCAUCACUCGGACCAUCACUCCAAGCACGAGGACAAUGGCUUCGCCGACCGCAAGCGUAUUUUUAAGGACAACCGAAUCCCUGAGAAGAAGGGCAAGAGUCUUCUUGAGUUGAUGUGGAUUACAUACCAAGACAAGGUACUCAUGCUUCUUACUGCCGCCGCUGUUGUUUCACUCGCCAUCGGUAUCUACCAGACAGUCGGCCUGCCUCACGCGCCCGAUGAGCCGAAGGUAGAAUGGGUUGAAGGUGUUGCCAUCGUUGUGGCUAUCGCCAUUGUCGUCAUCGUCGGCUCACUAAACGAUUACAGUAAGGAAAGACAAUUCGCCAAACUGAACCGCAAGAAGAAGGAUCGUGAUGUCAAGGUUGUACGCUCCGGAAAGACGGUUGAGAUUUCCGUCCACAACCUUCUUGCUGGAGAUGUUGUCCAUCUUGAACCUGGUGAUCUCGUCCCUGUCGACGGAGUGCUCAUCGAGGGCUUUAACGUCAAGUGUGAUGAGUCCCAGGCGACUGGAGAGUCUGAUAUUAUCAAGAAGCGAAAUGGCGACGAUGUUUUCAACGCGAUUCAGAACGGCGAGGACCCCAAGAAGUUAGACCCCUUUAUCCAGUCCGGCGCCCGAAUCAUGGAAGGUGUUGGUACCUUCAUGGUUACCUCUACUGGUGUUCACUCAUCGUACGGAAAGACUCUCAUGGCCCUUGACGAAGACCCUGAGGUCACCCCGCUGCAAUCGAAGCUCAACACUAUUGCCGAGUACAUCGCUAAGCUUGGUGGUGCCGCCGGUCUCCUCCUUUUCAUUGUUUUGUUCAUCGAGUUCUUGGUUAGGCUUCCUAAGCAGCCUGCCUCCGUCACUCCCGCCGAGAAGGGCCAGGACUUCAUCAACAUUGUUAUUACCGUGGUUACUAUUAUCGUUGUGGCCGUUCCAGAGGGACUUCCUCUUGCUGUCACCCUCGCCCUAUCCUUUGCCACUAGGCGCAUGCUCAAAGACAUGAACCUCGUCAGGCAUCUCAAAGCAUGUGAGGUUAUGGGCAACGCAAACACUAUCUGCUCCGACAAGACCGGAACUUUGACACAGAACAAGAUGCAGGUAGUUGCUGGCACUGUAGGUACUAGCCAUCGUUUUGGUGGCUCGCGCCCCUCUGGUGACGACGACGGUACCGUUGAUGAUUCUGCGGAUAUUUCGGUCGCGGAGUUUGCCAAGAUGCUUAGUGCUCCGGUUAAGGAAAUCCUGACUAAGUCUAUCUCUCUUAACUCUACCGCAUUUGAAGGCGAGGUUGACGGCGAGAAGACGUACGUUGGAUCCAAGACCGAGACUGCUUUGCUUCUUCUGGCCCGCGAUUACCUGGGUAUGGGACCUGUUGCCGAAGAGCGUGAGAACGCAAAGACAAUCCAGCUUAUUCCCUUCGACUCUGGCCGCAAGUGCAUGGGUAUUGUCGUACAGCUUCCAGAUGGUCGGGCUAGGCUCUACGUGAAGGGUGCUUCUGAGAUCGUGCUUGCAAAGUGCACACAGAUCUUCCGAGACCCUUCGCAGGAUGCAACUCUGGUCCAAAUGACUGAGCCAAACUUCCAGACUGUCAACACCCUCAUCAACGCCUACGCAUCUCGAUCCCUUCGCACCAUCGGUAUUGCUUACAGAGACUUCGAACAAUGGCCACCUCGUAAUGUCCGUCGUGUAGACGGUGACAAGAACGAACUCGAAUUUGACGAUCUCUUCCGCACUAUGAACUUUAUUGCCAUGGUUGGUAUUCAGGAUCCUCUACGUGAGGGAGUUCCGGAGGCUGUCAGACUCUGCCAGAAGGCCGGUGUCGUUGUUCGCAUGGUCACUGGAGACAACAGGCUUACGGCUGAGGCUAUUGCUAAGGAGUGCGGUAUCCUGCAGCCUAAUGGUAUUGUAAUGGAAGGCCCCGAGUUCCGCAACUUGACCAAGUCUGAACAGGAGGCAAUCAUCCCGCGCCUUUGUGUUCUCGCCCGUUCCAGCCCCGAAGAUAAGCGUAUUCUAGUCAAGCGGCUCAAAGCCAAGGGAGACAUCGUUGCAGUCACCGGAGACGGUACCAACGAUGCCCCCGCGCUCAAAACUGCUGACGUCGGUUUCUCCAUGGGUAUUGCCGGUACUGAAGUAGCCAAGGAGGCUUCCUCAAUCAUUCUGAUGGAUGACAACUUCAACUCGAUCGUCAAGGCCUUGAAGUGGGGACGCGCCGUAAACGAUGCCGUCAAGCGAUUCCUUCAGUUCCAGCUGACUGUCAACGUCACAGCUGUUAUCCUUACGUUUGUUACUGCCGUCAGCAGCACUUCUGUCCUGACCGCCGUUCAACUUCUAUGGGUCAACCUCAUCAUGGACACUCUCGCCGCUUUGGCCCUGGCCACCGAUCCCCCUCAGGACAGCGUGUUGGAAAGGAAGCCUGAGAGCCGUAACGCCUCCAUCAUUACUACUACCAUGUGGAAGAUGAUUCUCGGACAAGCAGUCUACCAACUGGCUAUCACUUUCAUGCUCUUCUACGGCAAGGAAGCUAUUGUGCCUGGUCCCGAACAUAUUCCCGACGAGCAGAUCGCAACGUUGGUGUUCAACACUUUCGUAUGGAUGCAGAUCUUCAACCAGUGGAAUAACCGUCGUUUGGAUAAUCACUUCAACAUUUUUGAGGGACUUACGAAGAACUACUUCUUCAUCGCCAUUAGUGCUAUCAUGAUUGGUGGACAGGUUUUGAUCGUCUUUGUUGGCGGUGCAGCCUUCCAGAUCGCAUCGGAGGGUCAGAGUGGUAUUCAGUGGGCCAUGGCUAUUAUCUUGGGCUUCAUCUCCAUUCCCUUCGGUGUCAUCAUCCGGCUCAUUCCCGACGCUCUCAUCGAGCGACUUAUUCCUGACUACUUGAAGCGACGUGCCAAGGACACCGUUCCUGGGCUUACCGUUUCAGAUGAGGAACAGUUCGAGAUGUACCCGGCGGCGUUCUCUGACGUCCGGGACGAGCUGGCAUUCAUCAAACGCAUGAAGGGAGGACGGUUGAACAACCUCAAGUUCGCGGUGCAACAUCCGCGCGAAACAUUUGCUCGCUCGCGCAGCCCGUCACACUCGCGAAGCAACUCUAUCAAGAUGCCGUCAACUCCCACCAGGGAGGACAGCUUCGGCUCACUGGCCCAAACGCCUGAGUCACGAAAGCGGUCACGCAGUGGUCGUAGCCGGUCUAACUCGGCACUCGGUGCCCCCACUGUUAUGGCGGGUAUUGUAGCCGCGGGUAUCGCGGCCAACUGGUCACCAGCGGAUCGCAGGCCCCGCCGGGAUAGCGACGACGACGAUGACAAUAGCAACAUCAGGAGAGGGGUCUCAAGAGAGAACUCCAUCCGGGAAGAAAGAGAGGAGCCUACCAACGAAAAAGCAGGGGAGGAAAAGAAACGCGCUGAAUGA